CCCUGUCUCGCCAAGUAAGAAAUGAAUGCGCGGACUUCACAUCGCCAUGAAUUUCUCCAUUUCUAUGAUCCUUAUAUCUUUAUCAAAUGAUAUCGCAACUAAUCCUGGUCCCACAUGUAACUUCUCCAUACCUCCACCUAAUGUACGUGGAUUAAAAAUCUCUCAUCUAAAUACCCGAAGCAUGUUACCUAAAAUUGAUACACUACGAUUAGAAAUGAAGGAUAAACCAUUCGACAUCUUCUCAGCAUCCGAAACAUGGCUUAAACCCGAUAUCUCAGAUUCCGAAGUAGCUUUACCUGGUUAUUCAAUUAUACGAAUGGACCGUCAAAACAAAAUCGGUGGUGGUACUGCCAUCUAUGUUCGUGAUGGUAUACCUUUUAAAACCCAUUCGGACUUGAUGAAUAACGAUCUCGAAAACUGUAUGAUUGAAGUUUUACGAGUUAAAUCUAAGAAACUGUUUAUUUGUUGUAUUUACAGAGCACCGAACAAUCCUCUUGAAAACUACUUAUCCAUGUUGAGCAAUAUUAUUCUCAAACUUCCAAAUAACAGCGAACUCAUUUUGUUAGGUGACUUUAAUAUUGACCUUAGCAAAAAAACCCGUUCACCCUCGAAACAACUACUCCAUAAUUUCUCUGGCCAGUUUCACUUAGACCAACUAAUCACGAAGCCAACAAGAAUCACUGAAAUAUCAGAAACCAUGAUUGACCUGAUUUUUGUUAACAAUAGUCAGAGAAUUGUCCGAAGUGAUGUGAUUCCAUGCUCGUUGAGUGACCACUCUCUUGUGUUUUGCGUGUUUAAAGCUGGCGUCACCAAAGCUCCUCCACGCACAAUUGAAUAUAGAUCUUAUAAACAUUACAAUAAACAGUCCUUCCUUCUAGAUCUUGAAAACGUCAACUGGUCUACCUUUGUAGACGAAAACGACGUUGAUGCUACCGUCAACAGCUGGUGUCAAUGUUUUACUGACAUAGCAGACAUGCACGCGCCAAUAAAGAAAAUGAAAGUUAAGGGAAUUAGCAUUCCAUGGAUGACGGCUGAAUUAAGUCGAGCGUUGCAAGAUCGAGACUAUCACCUGAAGAAGGCACAAAAAACACAGUCACAACAUCACUGGUCGUCAUACCGUAAGCUUCGCUGUUUUGUAAACAAAGCAGUACGUGAAUGCAAAUCCAAAUAUUACGAGUCCUUGAUAAAAGAAAACAAAAAUAAUGCCUCUGCAUGGCCUUUGGAAAACUCUCAAUGAAUUAACAUCGCGCAACACACAUUCUUCAGCACCAUCAUCUAUCAUAUCGGACGGCGUCGAAACCAAGAACUCGCAAUCUAUAUCAUCUCUUUUCAAUACUUUCUUCACCAGUAUCGGACACGCCGGCCAUAAAAUGCGGGAAAAAUCGACGCGCGUUCGUGCAUGUUCCGCCAUGUUGCCGAAUAUCAAUAAUUGAACCUGAGUACGAAAUUACGAUAGUCGACCGAGCUACUUUUCCGCGUCGUCGUACAGCGAUCGGUUAAAGCCGUCUUGAAAUCGGUUACGUGUAUUUAACGUAGCUUGACUAGAGCUUCAUUUUGACACCAAAUGUGUAUAGGUUUACAAAUCUGUUUUUGCAUCGUGAGCGAGUAAACAUUGCGAAGUUUUGUUGUUGUCACUUUGGAUUGUAGAGAUGGGAUUUUCACCCUUGUUUUAUUUUGGACACCACUGCCUGUUUGAAAGGAACUUUACCUGUUGUGAAUAACGUGAACUUUCAUGUAUAAGGUGUUGUUUUUUGUUUGGUGGAUUUCGAUUUGGAAUCUUGUUUAUUCGCACGAUUUGAUAAAGGACCUACGGUUACACGGCCUCAAUAUGCCGCGAUUUAAUAUUGGCAAAUACAGGAGAAAGAGAAAGCAGAUGGAGGAGAAAAAACUCGAGCAAAAGGUACAAAGCAGUCGCCAAAUUAUACAGAUCGAAACGGAAAUUGUAGAACGUGAAAUCGUGCUGGCUAAGAAAAGAAAACAAUCGCAUGCAAUGGACGAAAAGCUUAGAAAUCUCGAUGCAAAGGUAUGAUAGUAAUUUUCACAUGUAAAUUAAGUCAUAGUAAGAAUAAAACGUGCCCCUGUUAUUGGCAUUUUCAAACCUUAAUUUAAAAGUGUGUACUAUGUAGAAAUUAACUAUAUAGUAUAUACAGUACUUAUCAAAAUAUUUCCUUACUCUAAACUGUUGUUUGUGAUAGGUAGAGAACAUAGUUAGUCAGAUAGAAGACCUUGAAGAUAUUAAGCAAGAGCUGAGACAACCUGAUAAAAAGAGUCGAGCUAGUCAAUUGUCUGAAAAGGCACUGCAGAGUAGAAAGGACAAUCCCACUGGUUUUGAGAAUGGUAAAAUUACACUAACAACACCUAAUGCAAGGAUGAGAAGGAAGGAAACCUUUAUGGUUGCCCAGGAAAUCCAUGGAGGUAGCAGGGAAAGUUCAGUACCAGGAGCUGUAGGUUUAGUAGACACUGCCUUAAACAAAUGUAGUUCAAAUGUAUUAGUCGAUGUAAUGUCUGCCAACAAAAAAUUCACCAAGCAUGUUAUGCCGUCUAUAUACAAAGGAAAUUUAAAAGCAUAUGAGUCUUCAGAAGAGAAUAUGAUCAGAAGCGUUAGUGUCUAUUAUUGUGGAGGCAUAGCUGGUAAAAAGAAAUAUCGAAAAAUAUACCGAAAUAGUUGUUAUAAGACAAGUAAUAGCAGUAAGGGUCGUGUCCGUCUUUCCAUCCAUGAAUGCCCCAUGCCAAGGCUUGUACCAUAUGACAAGCUUAUGCCAUUUAUUAAAUCGGUAAAUGUAGGUAAUAUUUACAGUGUGUACGAUACUCUUUGUGAUGAUCUUGAUGAAGAUGAUAAAGUAUGCGGUUGUUAUCGUAGCUUGAAGGAGCUGCUCCUACGUCUUGCAGAGUUUUACUUGUCUGGCAAAAGUGGUUAUACCCUAACCUGGUUCGGGGAAGAAUAUACCUUUUUAAUAACCUUAGGAGGGGACGGGGCACCAUUUGGGAAAGACGAUACAGCAACUGCCUGGUUGGUAGGAUUCUUGAAUAUAGGACGUGGAGUUUUGAGCAGUAAAGAAAACUAUUUACUCUUUGGGGCAAACUGUUCUGAAAAUUGUAUUCCAAUGCAGAGGUAUAUUAAACUGCUUUUGGCCGAUAUUCAACAUAUUGAGCAAAGUGUAUUCCCGUGUUUGUAUGAUGGGCCCGAGGGUGAGGUAACUGUUAAUGUUAAAUUUUGCGUAGCUGAACUCCCAAAUGACAUGAAAAUGAUAGCCUUUCUAAGUGGGGAGUUAAGCAAUAGUGCUAAACAUUUCUCCUCAUUUGCAGACGUUAGUAAUGAUAGUGCAAAUGAAGUCAAGGGGACUUUUGGGGUAAAGGAAAAUAACACCUGGCAUCCUUGGGAGUAUUCAUCCAGACUAACUGUUGUUAAGAAGGUAGAGGGUUUAAAGAAAACACUUUCGAAGGAGAAAUCGGCAGAUCGCACUAAAAGAUCUAAGAUCACAUCAUUAAUUGCAAAACUGAAAAGCCGGCAAGAGUUUAUUCCCCUGUUAGGUCCCAUUGUUGAUCGAAUUCACAUUGAACCACUACACUUAAAGAAUAAUGCUUGCACCCUUGCUCAUCGCUACCUUCUAGAUGAGGUUAUUGCCAUUUCUAGCCUCCCAAAAGCCAUCAAAAAUUUUUCUGAGAUUCCAUCUAGUUCUCCGAUUGUCAGGUAUAUAGGUGUAAUGAAAACCAAAUGCUGCCUUUCUAGACUUGCCAAAAAAAUUAUAAAGUGGUUCAACGAGACACAAGCCGAAGGAAAGAAUUUUGACUACAGAUUUACUG